ACUUUUCUGUCAAUGUCGGUAUAAAUUGGUAAUUAUUUUUGUAUGAACAAGUGUCUUAAUCACAACGUUUAGAUCUCUAAAUAAAUAAGUGACAUCCAAAUUUUGAAGUGCAGUCAUGAAGCGAAUGUGCUCGGGAAAGUCAAGUAACAUAAGGUCGUCGAAUACGUCCAUGGACUCACUGAAGUUUGUGAAAUCCGCCCAGUCCAAAUCUGCUUUGAGUUCCCCGUUUCGGGUGGAAAAAGCCAAGAAUAUGGCCAAGACUGCUUCAGCUCGCUCUGAUCUAUCAGCUCCUAAAGUUUCCGAGAAGACAACGGAGAAAUCGACAUCAGAGCAGCUGAAAUCUAAUUCAAGUCAAGGAAUUAAAAUAGUACUGGAUAAAUCAUGUAUUUUGGAGAAAGUCCUUAAUAAGACAAAGUCCAAAACAAUAAAGGGCAUUACUCCAACUACAGAUUCCUCCAGAAAAUCGGCACCCAACCGGAAUACUGUUUCUAAACUGUGUACUAGAGCCCAACAGUUCCACAUUCCCCUAAGGAGCUCGAAUACAGUUACCAGCCGAAUGUACCGAUCCUCCGGCUCCGGAGUAUUCCACUACCACCUGUCCCACUUGGAGGAGUCCAGGUUUGGCCAAAGUCGGGUCUUUCCCAUGAAAUCGGUGCCGGCGGCCGAGCUUCAACUACUGAGGAAUGGCCAGCGGAUCAGCUACCUGGAGAGGCGGUACGAACGCAGUCCGGACGACAAGUACAACUAUCCGGAGGCGACUAGCUGGCGAUAUGGCUGGUUUCAUCGGGAGUCCGAUCCCUUCCAGAAACGAGUACCCAGACGGGAUUAGAUGAACCUUCCCAGCACUCAGUCCUGUCAAAUUUUCUCGUCUUAAAUGUCGCUUUAAAAAUGUGUCUAUAUAUUUAAGACAAAUAUCUUUUAAACGAGGUUUUGGUAAUAAUAUAUUUUUAAAACUUUAAA